AUAUGCGCUGGGAGCGUUGGAGGCUCCGCGGCCCCGCUCACAUCUGGCUGGGGUUUACUCUUUACGAGUCUGUCCCGCUUUCUUCGUCUCUUCCUUGACUUUCGAGAAACCGCGCUUCCGCUUCUGGCCGGAGAGACCUCAGAACGGAGGAGGUCAAGGUGCCGGGAAGGCAGGGACCCGCUGUUGCCUGCACCCGCCGCCCUUUCUGCACCUUCUUCCCGGAGGACUUUUUCCGUCCUCCUGGCUCUCUCCUCUGACAAGUCUGUUCUCCCCUCCCACCCCCGACCUGGCUGGGAGGAGGCCCCGCUGCUGGGAGAUGCUCUAAGCCCCGAGAGGCCACCGCAGGAUGCCGGCUGGAGGGACCGGCAGGAAGAUGGGCUCCUGGGGACUGAGACUCGUGCUGGCGUGCUGCCUGCUGCUGGCCUUCGCCUGUGGCCCGGCGCUGGGCCGUGUGCCACAGGGUCCACAGGAGGUGCAGGAGCAGGAGGGGACCAAGGAGCCGCCGCUGGACCACGCUGAGAGGGAUGAAGAAAACCAUGAAAAGUACAGCCCCAGGCAGGGUGAGGAGGCCCCUGCUUCCCGGUGCUUUCGCUGCUGUGACCCUGGCAGCCCCGUGUACCAGGCCAUCCCCAUGCCGCAGAUCAACAUCACCAUCUUGAAAGGUGAGAAGGGUGACCGGGGAGACCGCGGCUUGCAAGGGAAAUACGGCAAGACGGGCUCCGUGGGCGCCAGGGGCCACAUGGGCCCCAAAGGGCAGAAGGGGUCCAUGGGGGCCCCCGGGGACCGCUGCAAGAACCACUACGCCGCCUUCUCGGUGGGCCGCAAGAAGCCUCUGCACAGCAACGACUACUACCAGACCGUGAUCUUUGACACGGAGUUCGUGAAUCUCUACGGCCACUUCAACAUGUUCACGGGCAAGUUCUACUGCUACGUGCCAGGCAUCUACUUCUUCAGCCUCAACGUGCACACCUGGAACCAGAAGGAGACGUACCUGCACAUCAUGAAGAACGGGGAGGAGGUGGUGAUCCUGUACGCCCAGGUGAGCGACCGCAGCAUCAUGCAGAGCCAGAGUCUGAUGCUCGAGCUGCGGGACCAGGAUGAGGUCUGGGUGCGCCUCUUCAAGGGCGAGCGGGAGAACGCCAUCUUCAGUGACGAGUUUGACACCUACAUCACCUUCAGCGGCUACCUGGUCAAGCACGCCUUGGAGCCCUAGCCCGGAGGCCCUUCAGCCCUGCACUGUGCUCGCUGCAGCCCCUCCCCAGGCCUGGCUUCCCUGCCCCAGCGCCCCAGCUUCGCGGCCUUCUACAUGACGCCCCUCAAGGAAGGGGAAGCAAGAGCAGCUGUGCUUGCCGGCCACGCGGGCUCCUGGGUGGGCUUAGCAGGCAGGCACCUGCGAGGAGUGGGGGGGGGCUCCCAGGUCCCCUCCGUGCGCAUAUCCAUACGCGACCCCGCGGGCAGGCCGCCACAUGGCAGGGUGUCCCAGAGUCCUCCUUGCUCCCGGGGCUGGAAAUAAUGAGGGAAAUUCUAAAGUUUGUGAAAGGAGCAAAGGUAAGCCAUGUGGGAAAAGGGAGGUAUAAUUUUGCCUCUGCUCCAGCUGCACUGACUCCCCGGGGAGGCUGCUCUCCCCUGAGCUUGCAUGUUCCAGAAGACCGGAAGUAGACGCGGUGGGCCACGGGGGAAGGGGUGGAGGGCGUGGGGACCCUCUUAGGCCAUGUAUGAGCCUUCUUGGGCAACAGCUGGACUGACAUCCACGUCUGGGGGACAUCCUGGCCUUGCCCGCGGGUUCAGCUGGUAUUUCUGAGCCACAAUAGUGAGGGGGUUCAGGUUCGGGUAGUGAAUGUUAGCUUUCAGCCCUUGGCCCUGGUCUCUGGGCUGAGAGAAGCAGCCUGCUUGCCAGAAGCCACAGACUCCUGAGUGCAGCUGGGGACCUCAGGAGCCCUUGGGUCUGCAGAUGUUUCCAUGAGGAGCAAAGCUCAAUACAUUCACAGCACAGCCAUCCUUCCCGGCACGGCUCUGCUCCACGCCCCCCUACGGCCCAGAAGCCCUGCGCAGGGCCUUCACUCCUGUCACCCCGGCAUUCCUCCUUCUAGACGGGUCAGCCACGGAAGGCACUGGGGCCUUCGUUUUGUAGCAGGAUCAUGCUUAGAUAAUAUUUUCUACAAAACCUCCUUGCACACCAUCUCUGAGUCCUAUUGCCCAGAGGGUUCAACACUCGGCAGCCCCAGGGCUCUCCCCCAGGCCUCUUUGGUCAGCAGCCCGAGACAACAUGGGAGGAACUUCCUCUGGGCCCCAGAGCAGGGAAAAGCUGGAAGGGGCUGGAAGGCUCCCCCUCUACCUGUCUCGGAGCCCCCAUGGGGUACCAUCCCUCUGCCCAGGAGAGAAGGCAUGUCUCAACCACUGGAGUCAGAACCCUCUCUCUGAGGUGGGGUGUAGAUGUGCCCAAAGGGGCUGCUGCCUGGAAUUGGUGCUCUGGCCUGUGGGUGGCUUUGGCCGGGUGGCCCUUCCCUGCCUCUCUCCAUUAAUGCCCAGGGCCAGAGUCCUGCCUCUACCUGCUCGGGCCCCUGAGCCCCUCCAGGAACCUUCCUUCCCACCGCCUGGUGACCCUUGGUCUUGACCCAUCCCUCUGCUCUCCCUGGGCCUUGCCACCGGGUCGGGGGUCUGCACAUCCUUCCCUCUGAAGGACUUCUGCUGGUCAGACUUGAAAAAUGGAGUUUCUCCGGGCGUGCUGGUGAGCAGAGUGCCCGCCUCCUGCUUUGUGCUGUCCCAAUGCUCUUUCAGAAAACAUUAAACUUGGACCAUGUGUCUCAGCAUCAUGGCCUCCUCAGUUUGCUCCUUGAACCAAACCCUCCUCCUUCCUCUCCCCACCCCUGCACCCCACCUACUGCCUGUUGGAAGCCUGGGGGUCCCCAGCUUGGCACCCGGGAACAUAGGUAGCCAGCGGGCACAGCCUGGGCCCUGAAGGGCCUUGUUCCUCAGGGGAACACACUGUAUAGGCUCAGCUGGACAUGGUCGCAUUGGGCACCCUGUGCUUAGCGGAGCCUGCGAGCGGCGGGCAGGAGGCAGGGCUUAGGCAAGGGUGGUCUGGGUCCCAGGGCUGCCGUAACAAACCGCCACAAGCCCGAUGGCUUGAAACAAUACACAUUUAUUCUCUCGCAGGCUUAGAGUCCAGGACUCCUACACUGAGGUGUGGACAGGGCCAUGUUUCCUCCCAGGUCUGUAGGGAAGCGUUCUUCCUUGCUUCUUUUAGCUUCCGGUGGCCCCGGUAUUCCGUGGCUGGUGGCCGAGUCACUCCGGUCUCUGCCUAUCUCCCUCUGCACGUGGCCUUCUUUCUUGUGCGUGUUAGACCUUUCCCUUAGACACCUGACAUUGGACUUAGGGCCCAUCCUGAAUCCAGGAUGAUCUCCUCUCAAGAUCCUUAACUUCAUGACAUCGGCAAAGACCUUAUUUCCAAGUAAGGUCACGGUCAUGGGUCUCAGGGGUGAGGAGGACUCGGAUGUACUUUUUGGGGGAAUACAAUUCAACCCACUACAGUGACCUGCGGGCUUGCAUACCCCCACCAACAGCUUCCUUCGUGCUCGAGCCGUGAAGAGAUGUUCCUUUCUCUUCUCUCUACAGCUUGUCAACUGGGUUAGCGGCCAGGGCCCUUGCCUGAUGGCCAGCAGGGAGUGCAGUGUCCUUCUUUUGCCUGGUUCUAGGAUCAGCCUGUGCUCAGCCCUGGGCUGGGGCCAGGUGGGAACCAGCAGAUCCUGAAAUUCUGCUCCCUGUAAGACAAAGAGCAGACACCGCCUCCACAGAGCCCCGGCCAUCCAUAGAAGGAAGUGCCUUCUAUGCAGCUGGGAGGAGGGGCUGAGGGUAUUCCCCAAAGAUGUAUGGGAGGAAUGGGUCAGCCUCACCCAGGUGCCUACUGCCUUGGGGUACAGUCACACGGACAUUGUUAACACCUGUUCUAUCGCCCGCCAAGCCAACGUGGGAGACGAGGCGGCACCUGCUCCCAAGCCCACACAAUGCCCUCUCUCGCGCUUUGAGCUCCCCCACACCCAGCCCUUCCUGCCGCUGUCUUUCCACUCCCUUCCUGAUUGCAUUUCUCACUCUCCAAAUAUUUACCCUGCAUCUGCUUUGUGGUGCUAGGUGCUGGGGGCAUCAUGACACAUAAGAUGGGGUACUUGCCUUCCGGAGGACUUUUCGGGGAUGUUAACUACAGUCCGACAUGGAUGUAGCCUUCUCAGAAGAAUUGCAUACGUGGCACUUAGUUAUCGGCUCCUUCUGACUCCCCCCUACAAAACUGUUUACUUUGCAUAGGCCCCUUCCCCUGUGCCCUGACCUUGGCUAGUAAGGCAUUGUCUAGCCAUUCCUGGAAAAGACCUGAUAAACUCAGUUGCAAAACAAAUACUAGUGUUUUAGCAAAAGGGGGUAGAGACAGCUGAUGACUCAGCCAAAGGAGAGAACUGUUUACGCUACAACUUUUAGAAGGCUCUGUAAUCAGGGGUGGGAGCGGUGAGGCGUGCACUCCCCAUCCUAUGGGGUUAUCAUGUGUGUGUGCGCACAUGUGCGAGAAUGCAAUGGCAUGAUGGCAAACUGGGUUUUUGAGGCCGUAGUAAUGGGAAUAAAAUGAGACCUUCUCCCAGAUCAUGAAAACAACAACAACAACAACAACAAAAAGGUAACAGAAAAUAAUAAAUAAAACAAGAUGCCUUCGGAUGCAAAAGAGUGGAGCUGGAUCCCUACCUUACACCAUAUACAAAAAUUAUCUCAAAGCGGAUCAAAGUUCUCAAUAUAAGGGCUAACAGUACAAAAUUCUGAGAAAAAAGUAUGGCUGUAAAUCGUCAUGACCUUGUAUCAGGCGGCUGUUUCCUAGGUGUGACACCAAACCCCAAGUAACACAAGGGAAAAUAGAUAAAUCAGACACUGCCAAAAUUUAAAAUUCUGGACUUCAAAGGACAUGACUGAGAAAGUGAAGGGACAGCACAGAAUGGGAGAAAAUAUUUGUAAAUCAUAGAUCUGAUAAGGGACUUAUAUCCAGAGUACAUUAAGAACUCUUGCAACUCAAUGAUUUAAAAAAAAAAAAACAAAUUAAAAAAUAGGCAAAGGGUCUCAAUAAACAUUUCUCAAAGAAGACUGACAAAUGACCCAUAAGCCCCUGAAAAGAUGCUCAGUAUCAUUAGCCACCAGGGAAAUGCAAGUCAAAACCGCAGUGAGAUACAACUUCACAACCAACAGGACGGCUGUCAUCAAAACGACAAAUGUUGGCAAGGAUGGAGAGAGGCUGUCACCCUCAGACACGGCUGGCAGGAAUGUAAAAUGGUGCAGCCACUUCGGAAAACAGUCUUGUGCUUCUGCAGAAUAUUAAGCAUAGAGCUACAGGUGACCCAGCGAUUCCAAUUCUAGGUGUAUCCCCAAAAGAAAAGAAAACAUUGUGGAUGAAUGUCCUUGGCAGCAUUAUUCAUAAUAAAAAAAGCGGAAACAAUCCAAAUGUCCAUCAGGUGAUGAAUAAAUGAAUAAAAUGUGGUCUGUCUGUACGAUAGAACAGUACUCAGCUCUAAAGAAAGUAGCGACACCUGCUAUAGCCCGGAUGAACCUCAAACACAUGAAGCCAAAUGAAAGCAGUCAGUCACAAAAGACCACUUAUUAUAUGGUUCCACUUAUGUGAAAUGUUCUGACCAGCAAAUCCAUAAAGACAGAAAGUAGAUUAAAGGUUUCCAGGGGCUGAGGUUUGGGGGAAGGGAGUGAGUGCUAACAGGGACAAGGUUUCCUUUUUGGAGUGAUGAAAAUGUUCUAAAAUUGAUGGUAGGGGUGGUCAUGUGACUGGGUGAAUAUACUAAAACCAUGGACUGCACACACGAAAUGGGCAAAUUGUAUGUUUUGUAAAUUAUAUCUCAGUAGUUACAAACACACACGUGCGC